CCUGCUCCCCUCCUCCAUGCUGGGGGGACUGGGAGAGAGCAGAGAAGCUCCAGUUGGUAGCUGGAAACAUCUGGUUUUGCCUCUGCUUGCACUGGCAGCAUUAGAACUCGCAACCAGGAAAAAAACCCCUCAGCUUGAGGUUUCUCAGCAGCUGAAGAUCUCUUCCCACCCACCCCCGUUCUUGCCCUGGGAGCAAAAGAGGCUCCCACAGCAGAUGGCACUUGGGAGCAUACAGACGAUGGGUGAGCAAGGCCCUGAAGCAGGCCUGGGGGCAGGAAAAGACUUGGGAGCCAGGGGACUCUGGGGGAAAACAAGGCUGAAGAUCCUUCUAGGUGACGAUGCCCUUGGCUGGGAUGUGCAGUGCCGGCGCUUCAGGCAGUUCUGCUACCAGGAGGCCGAGGGCCCCCGAGACGCAUGCAGCCGACUCCACGCUCUUUGCCACCAGUGGCUGAAGCCAGAAAGGCACAGCAAGAAGGAGAUGCUGGACCUGGUGGUCCUGGAGCAGUUCCUGGCCAUCCUGCCCCCGGAGAUGGAGAGCUGGGUCAGGGAAUGCGGGCCGGAGAGCAGCUCCCAGGCGGUGGCCCUGGCAGAAGGCUUCCUCCUGAGCCAGGCAGAGAGGCAGAAAGAGCAGCUUCAUGGACUACUGAGGAAUUCAUUCAAGGAUCCAUCAAAAACCUGCCAGGAGCCACAGCUCAGGGGUAUCAAGCACGAGUAUCCAACACCUGGCACCUCCUCGGGCUUUGGAAGAAUAUCACCUGCGCUUUCCACGUCUUCUCCAUAUUGCGGUGGAACAGAAGCAGCCGCUAGGCAGCCAGCUCAGACUGAGGACGGUCCCGUGUCCUUUGAGGAAGUGGAUGUGGACUUCACCAAGGAGGAGUGGGAGCUGCUGGACCCGGGCCAAAGGGCUCUGGCCAUGGAAGUCAUGUUGGAGAAUUUUGGGAAUGUGGCCUCUCUCGGAGAACUUUUGACUCCAAAACCUGAUCCCCUCUCCUGCCAGGAAGAAGAUGAAGAAAAGAUGUUGACCCAGAGCUCUACAGAAAGACAGAGAGAAGCAGGAUGUGACAGUGAAGAGAGAAAGAAUGAGGGAGAAACUUAUGGGAUGUUGGUAGGAACAGAUGGAAUUCCUAAGAUGGAAGAGAAUUCUAAGAAUCAAGAAAUAUCAAAAACACAAGAGGGAGUCCAAAAAGAGAAGCAAAGGAACACGUCUGAAGCUUCUCUGUAUUGGCAUUUCCGUAUAAUCUCGUUUCAACAAGAAAAACAUUGCACAGGACGAAGAAAUGUGUGCUCUGUUUGUGGGAAAAACUUCAGUACACCAUCAAACCUUAAGAGACACCAGGGAAUUCAUACAAGAGAAAAGCUACAUACAUGUCUUGAUUGUGGAAAGAGCUUCAGUGACAAGGGAAACUUUCUUUUGCAUCAAAAAGUUCACACAGGAGAGAACCCUUAUAAAUGUUUAGUGUGUGGAAAGAGCUUCAAGGUAAAGUCAGCCUUAACUUCCCAUUUAAGAACCCACACAGGGGAGAAACCAUAUCAGUGUGUGGAGUGUGGAAAGAGCUUUACUAUGAGCUCGUCCCUAACAACACAUAGAAGACAACACACAGGAGAGAAACCUUACCAGUGUUCAGACUGUGGCAAGUGCUUUUGUGCUAAAUCAAGCCUUAAUGGACACCAGAGAAUCCACACAGGAGUGAAACCUUAUACAUGUUUGGAGUGUGGAAAGAGCUUCCGAUUGAAGAACCUCCUUCUUAAACAUCAGAGGGUCCACACAGGAGAGAAACCAUAUAAAUGCUUGGUGUGUGGAACGAGCUUCAAGGAGAGCUCAUCCCUAACUUCCCAUGAAAGGAUGCACACAGGGGAGAAACCCUACCAAUGUUCAGACUGUGGCAAGAACUUUUAUGGCAUAUCAAACCUCAAGAAGCAUGAGAGAAUACACACAGAUGUGAAGCCAUAUUCGUGCUUGGAGUGUGGGAAAAGUUUCAUAUGGAACAAACUGCUUAUUAAACAUCAAAGAGUUCACACAAGGGAGAAACCUUUUACAUGCUCACUGUGUGGGAAGAGCUUCAAGGCUAGCUCAUACCUAAAUCUUCAUCAAAGGCUCCAUACAGGGGAGAAACCAUAUAAAUGUAUGGAAUGUGGAAAGGGUUUCCAUCUGCGCACAAACCUGACUUCCCAUCAAAUAAUCCACACAGGGGAGAAACCAUAUAAAUGCUCAGACUGUGGAAAGAGUUUCAGUCACAGAGGAACCCUUACUUACCAUCAGAGAAUCCACUCAGGAGAAAAGCCCUAUAAAUGCUCAGUGUGUGGAAAGGGCUUUGCUGUGAGCUCAUCUCUAAAUUCUCAUUUAAGGACCCACACAGGAGAGAAACCAUAUAAAUGUUCUGAAUGUGGAAAGAGAUAUCGGUGGAGUACAGGCCUAUUAACUCAUAAGUGCACUCACAUGAGAGGAUACCAUGGAAAUGUUCAGGUUGUGGAAACAGAUUCAGUUGAUGGAGAGCUCUUUGUUCUCAACAAGGAACCCACAGAAGAGAAAAACGACACACAUUUCUGGAGAGUAGAAAGUGUUUCAGGUGGUGUGCAGCCCUAG